CCAACCGACUCUUUCCUAAUCAUUCCACACCUCUCCUUUAAUUUUCUUCCGUUUCACCUCUCCCCCUCCCCCAAAACAUACCAAUCCUUCAAUCUCAGGACACCUCCCUGAAAAUUAACAACCAACCACAAAAUGGGUGCAACUGAUAACCAGAACUCCUUCCUCAACCGCAUCAGCAUCCGACGAAACCAGGUGGUUUCCAUGGAAGGUAGCCACGACCAGGAGCUCGAAGACCUCGAACACUUCCAGAAACACGUCGCCGAUCGCUUCCUCGACCUUUUAUCUCCUCCCGAAGACUCCCCCUCCGACCCGUUUCUGUCCAUUGCCUGGAUACGCAAGCUUCUCGACGUGUUUCUCUGCUGCGAGGCCGAGUUCAAGGCCGUCGUGCUGAUGGGCCGCGACCCCAUCCAGAUCACCAAGCCUCCGCUCGACCGGUUGGUCCCGGAGUUUCUUGACCGAGUUGUGAAAGCUUUGGACAUCUGCAAUGCUGUUUCCAGCGGGGUUGAAUCGGUCAGACAUUUCCAGAAGCUGGCCGAGAUUGCAGUUUCGGCUCUGGAGCAGCGCCCGAUCGGCGACGGGCAGGUCCGGCGAGCCAAGAAGGCUUUGAAUUCACUGGUCACGGCCAUGGCAAUUGAGGACAAAGAAGGGCAGACUACUAAGGCCACGGAGAGGACGUGGUCGUUUGGGCGGAGGACCGGAGUCUCGGCCCCGAAUAAGGACAGGGCCGCCGGUCAUUUCCGGGCUUUGUCUUGGGGCAUGUCGAAGGGGUGGUCGUCGGCGAAGCAGAUUCAGGCUAUGUCGAUGAACCUGGUGGCUCCGAGAGGGAAUGAGACGUCGAGUUUGGUGCAGCCGGUGUACAUUAUGAGCACGAUUAUGCUGUUUGUGAUGUGGAUAUUGGUGACGGCUGUGCCGUGCCAGGAGCGGACGGGGCUGAUGACGCAUUUUCAGGUGCCGAGGAACUUGGUGUGGGCGCAGUCGUUGAUUGGUUUGCAGGACAAGAUAGCGGAGGAGUGGAAGAAGAAGGAGAAGAAAUGCGCGGCGGGGCUGCUGGAGGAGCUGCAGAAGAUGGAGAAAUUGGGGCAGUCUCUGAUCGAGUUUGCGGAUAAUUUUCAGUUCCCGGCGGAGGCGGAGAGGCUAGAGGAGGUGGCGGCGCAGGUGGCGGAGCUGGCGGAGAUUUGUAAGAGGAUGGAGGAAGGGUUGGUGCCUCUGCAGCAGCAGAUAAGGGAACUAUUCCACAGGGCCGUGAGGAGCAGGACGGAGGUGCUUGAGGUAUUGGACCAAGGUGGUAAAGGUACUCCACCCAUGAUGUGAAAUUGGAUUUGAUUGAACAAACAUGGUGCUUGGAGUUUUUUGAUGCUGCAAAAUGUGGAUUAGUAUAGUUAUAGAAGAAGGGUUUGGUAUUGGGUAGGAUUGAGUAUAUAUAGCUCUCUAAGAGCUUCAGCUGCUGAUCAAGAAGAUUGAGCUGAAGUAGUAAUGCUUUGCUUAUCUACUCUGUUUUUUUGGGUGUUAAAUUAUUUGAGUACAGAAACUCUAACUGGAAGAGGACAUGUACAUAUACCCAAUUAAGUUAAUUGGUGUUUUCUCUUUUUUGUUGAGUUUUUGAAAUCAGAGAAUCACUUGUUCUUCAA